AUGUCUCUCUCCUGGCCGUCCAGCAACGAAGCUUCUGAUGGUUUAGACCCCUUCUUCGAAGAUCUCAAAGCAGGCAUCACAAAGCUUGUUAAUGCCGCUGCCAAUUCUCAACUCGCUGAAAAAUCUGUCUGGGUAACGCUCACUCCAAAGCCCCAGUUGGGUAAGAACGUCUGCUGUCCUGAUGCAAGGCUUUCCCCGUGUCCCCAUAAAUAUGACAAGAAAAACUUUAAUCACAACUGCUAUUGCUUCCAAAUUGCUGGUACAAUGAAGAUCUUUCAUCAAUUUUUCCUCAAACCUCGCAUCCUUGCUAUUCUUUCGCCUGAACACAAAUUCGCUGAUGGCGACCCAGUGCAAAACUUGGGCCAGGGGCAAGAGGGCGCCCUCAAGAAUAUUGUGAAUUUCUACAAUAAUCGCGUACCAACAUCCGCGCUGUGGGCAUCGGAUGAUGCGAAAUACAAAGAGCUGGCCCAGUUUCUGACAGAUAUGCGGCGGGAAGACGUUGUGGUCGAGGCAGAGAAGGACGUCAACUUUCCGUGGCAUAUUGAGCGGGUACACGCCAUACUGGGGUGGCGCAACAGAGGGGUUGAUGAGUGCGUGGCAGACCUGAAGAAGGCGACAGAUGAAGCUAGUCGUCACAGAACCAGCAUAUAUAAGUCAUACCACGCAAUUAUUGUUGAGGAAGAUAUUUCCUUCUACUGA